AUGGGUCUUCGUGUGCAGAAAUCUCCAAACUCUCAACAGCAUCUUCAUCUCAGCCACUUGGAAUCCCACAUCAAGAUGCCUCGCUCAUUAUCCGCCGUCUCCUCGCUAGAGAUCCGCGAUCUGAACCGCGAUCAGGUCCGCUUCUACCAUCCAGGCUAUCUCAAGCCGUUGAAUCUGCUCUUCUGCUUGCCACGCGUCGACUACAGUCCCGCAGAGGGGACGUGGGGAGUACACUACUUGACUGCCCUCACAGCAUGCCAGAUCAUCGCCAACAAUGCAUUCGGGAAGGGAAAACUAGCGCGAGAUGAAAAGGGAAAGGAUAUAGUAUCCGGCGACGAGAAGAUUCUGCUCCAGCGAGACUACUGGUUCUUCGUUGAGGGUGAUGAACGAUAUCCAGUUGUGCCAAGCUUCAAAGACUGGCAGUUUCCCCAUGACAAGUUACCUGAGUGGUGGGUCUCACCGUCAUCCGCCACAACACUUCACAGCAAGCGAUGCGCCGUCACAAAUACCAGCUACGCCUUCACAUGGGCGCAUCUGAUUCCCAGAGAAGAGCAGCAGUGGUUUAGCAAGAACGGCAUGGGCCUUUACGGCGGAGGAUCACACACCAUCGAUGACCCACACAACAUCCUACCACUCAAAGCAGAUCUCUAUGUGUGCUUCGACCAAAGCGUGUUUGCUCUUAUACCAAAGGUCAGCGGCUCAUCCAACGGCGUCGAGGCAAGCAGCCAGUAUGUGCUGCACGUACUCGACGGCCGAGAAGCAGAAUUCACAGCCCUGUAUCAAAACCGCCCCGUGGAGACGCUGGUAGAAGGUAGCAGGGAGUAUCUCUUCGCUCGUUUCGCCUGGUCCAUCUUUUCCUUCCUCAAGCCCUUCCUGACAUCCGGUGUCGGACGCCGAGUCGUCAGAUUCCGCCUCCGAGCUGCUGACGAAGAAGAUGAGGAGGAGCAUCUUGUGUCUGAGAUGCAGAAUGUCUUUCUCGAUUCUAGGAAGCUAGACUCCUUGUAUGGAGGCGGACCGAGAAAGAGAGCUGUUUCGUUGGAGAGUUCUUAUGUUGAUGUUGAGGAUGAGUGGGAUGAUGAGCACCCAGGACGAACUGAGAUGGAAGGAUGA